UCUAACUAAAAGUGGGCACGUUCAUUGAGCAAUGGAGUCAAGCUUUACUACUCUUAGCCUUUUCAUACUAUUCCUCUCUUUUGGUUCCCUUGUCCUCUCUGAUGGUGAUGAUGAUUACACUGGUGUCUUUAACAUGAAGGCCGGCUCAGACUGUAAAUACAACGUGAUGCAUUUUGAUGAAGAUGGGAUUGUUGGUUUCCGUGUUCAGUGCUCUUGCCCUGGCACCCAUAAAAGACUCACUUACUCUUGUGCUUAUUUUGGAAAGCCCAACAUCUGUCCUGGCUUUAAUGAGACCUCAAUUGCUAGGGCAAACUUUUACUCUGAGCUAGCAAGCUAUGUGAAAGGCUAUGGUGGUCAUGGAUGCAGUAGUAAAGAGAUUCAAGCUGACAGAGUUACAACAAUUUGCAAGGGGACACCUCUCGUUUUAAAGAGGACUAUAGAAAUCAAUGGAGAUGAUCCAAGACUUUGCAAUAAAAGACAUUCUGAACUUUAAAAUAAAUAUAUUACAUGAUUAUUAUUAUUAUAUCUUGAUCUCAAUAAAUAUAACUUUAAAAUAGCAA